CUUCCGGUUCCGCGUGGUUGAGAUUGACUCUGCGGUGUUGACCAGUUGAAAUACUAGAUUGCUUGGUUCAGGACUGGACGCCUAGCCAACCUGCUGACUUGGAACUUCAGAUCCAUGGCAACAAAGUGGUUAGCAGAUUCCAAAGCACAGUUGGCCCUCACCUCUUCAGCGAGUUGGAGCCAAGAAGUGCCUGAAAAACCAAACUAUGCUCUCAAAUGUACUCUCGUGGGACAUACAGAAGCAAUAUCAUCAGUUAAAUUUAGUCCUAAUGGAGAAUGGCUAGCAAGUUCUUCUGCUGAUAAACUAAUCAUAAUUUGGGGAGCAUAUAAUGGAAAAUAUGAGAAAACACUCGUUGGUCAUACUCUGGAAAUAUCAGAUGUUGCCUGGUCAUCAGAUUCCAAUCAUCUUGUUUCUGCUUCAGAUGAUAAAACGUUAAAGAUAUGGGAUGUGAGAUCAGGAAAAUGUUUGAAAACACUGAUGGGACACAGUAAUUAUGUGUUUUGCUGUAAUUUCAAUCCACCAUCCAACCUUAUCAUUUCAGGAUCUUUUGAUGAGAGUGUGAAAAUAUGGGAAGUGAAAACAGGAAAGUGCCUCAAGACUUUGUCUGCUCAUUCUGACCCAGUUUCUGCUGUUCAUUUUAAUUGUAAUGGGUCAUUGAUAGUGUCAGGUAGCUAUGAUGGUCUCUGUAGAAUCUGGGAUGCUGCAUCAGGCCAGUGUUUGAAAACGCUUGCUGCUGAUGAUAACCCUCCUGUCUCUUUUGUGAAAUUUUCUCCAAAUGGUAAAUACAUUCUUACUGCAACUUUGGACAACACUCUUAAACUGUGGGAUUAUAGCAGAGGCAGAUGUCUGAAAACAUACACUGGUCACAAGAAUGAGAAAUACUGCAUUUUUGCCAAUUUUUCAGUUACUGGUGGAAAGUGGAUUGUAUCUGGUUCUGAGGAUAACCUGGUUUACAUUUGGAACCUUCAGACCAAAGAGAUUGUACAGAAAUUACAAGGUCAUACAGAUGUUGUGAUCUCAGCAGCUUGCCAUCCUACAGAAAACAUCAUUGCAUCUGCAGCAUUAGAAAAUGACAAAACAAUUAAGCUGUGGAUGAGUAACCACUAAUUCCUUUGGAAAUCAAGUAGUAGAGCCAUGUUGGCAAAAGGCUUUUUUUUAAAAAUGGUUUUUGGCUGGGCGCAGUGGCUGAUGCCUAUAAUCCUAGCAUUCUGGGAGGCCUGAGCUGGGUGGAUUGCUUAAGCUCACUAGUUGGAGACAAGCCUGAGCAAGAGCAAGACCCCAUCUCUAAAAAAUAGUCCAGCUUUGUGGCAGGCGCCUGUAGUCCCAGCUACUCAAGGAGCUGAGGCAAGAAGAUUGCUUGAGGCCAAGAGUUUUAAGGUUGCUAUGAGGUAUGACACUACUGAGGGUGACAAACUGAGACUGUCUCCCAAAAAAAAAAAAAAAGAUGGUUGGCUCCGCGCCUGUGCCUUAAGCAGCUAAGGCGCCAGCCACAUACACCUGAGCUGGCGGGUUCAGCCAAACAACAAUGACAGCUGCAAUCAAAAACUAUUCGGGCAUUGUGACUGGCACCUGUAGUCCCAGCUACUUGGGAGGUGGAGGCAGGAGAAUCGCCUGAGCCCAGGAGUUGGAGGUUGCUGUGAGCUGUGAUGCCAGAGCACUCUACACAGGGUGACAGCUUGAGGCGCUGUCUCAAAAAAAAAAAAAAGAUGGUUUUUCUUAAUUUUGGCAUGGUGUUAUAUUUCUUUCCUUUUUUUUUCUUUUUUUGAGACAGUUUCACUAUGUCACCCUCCGUAGAGGGCUGUGGCAGAAUGCCAGGGUGUCGCAGCCCACAGCAACCUCAAACUCUUGGGCUUAAGCGAUUCUCUUCCCACAGCCUCCCAAGUAGCUGGGACUACAGGCGCCUGCCACAGUGCCUGGCUAUUUUUUUUUGAUGUUGCAGUUGUUGUUGUUUAGCAGGCCCAGGCUGGGUUCAAACCCACCUGCCUUGGUGUAUGUGGCCGGCACCCUAACCACUGAGCAUGGGCGACCACUGAGCCUAUAUUUCUAUUUGAAACUGUCCUAUAUAAUAAGAUUUUGAGGCUUACAACCUGCAUUUACAAAAUGAGAGGCUUAUAACUUAUAUUUAUGACAUGAAACAGUUGAAAAAGCAAGUCUAGAAUGUAAGAUCUUCUGACUUCUAAUCUUGAGGUCUGUUAUUAAUCUCAUAUGUCUCUACCUGGACAGUUUCCUGUUCCAUUCCUCUCAGUGACUAGCCUAGAGGGUUAGUGUAUUUGAGAAUGUUUAGAAGUUAAGAUUACAGAACAAGGGAAUUUGGAAUAUUUCCACAAUUUCUGGUUUGGGAGAUCAGAUGAACAAAGAGCAUAAGCCUAGGAUGGUGAUGGAGGUUUCUUACCAAGAAAAACUGGAUCGGAGCCUGUAGCUCAAGCGGUUAAGUUGCCAGCCACAUACACCAGAGCUCACGGGUUGAAAUUCAGUCCCUGCCUGCCAAACAACGACAACUACAACCAAAAAAUAGCCGGGCGCCUACAGUCCCAGCUACUUGGGAGGCUGAGGCAAGAGAAUCACCCAAGCCCAGGAGUUGGAGGUUGCUGUGAGCUGUGAAGCCAUGGCACUCUACCCAGGGCCACAGCUUGAGGCUCUGUCUCAAAAAAAAGAAUAAAAACUAAAAAUAUACAAAACAACAUUAAAAAUGUCACUUACUGGAGGGCUUCUUAAUGCCUUGUUAGAUUGUACUGUUUUAUGAUUCAAGCAAGCUAAAUGAAUGGUGAAAAGUGCUCUCCUUUGUUAUAUGUCUGACCUAUUUCCUACCUGUGCUUCAAGCUCAGUUCAGAAGUCACCUAGUGGAGGCAUCACCACCUGCCUCCAACCACAGCUAAUACCUGAGUUAGGUUUCUGUUAUUUACCUGUUUGUAUUGUAAUGCUUUCAUUGGUCAGGUAAAAUCAGAAAAGUAUUCUUUGUAUAGAGAAUUUAUGUAUUCUUGGUUUUUUGUGUCAUAAAGGGACUCAAGUAAUGUUUGACAUUAUGUGAUACCAGCACUACUUUAUCCCUUGCCUGUUUGUGAUAAAUUUUAGUAAGUGAUUCCUAAAACUGUCAUCAUGUUGAUUAAAAAUUAUCUAACCACAGCUUCACAUAUUAAUGUUACUCAAAUGGUGCUUGUAGGAAAUAUAAAGUAGAAAAUUAUCUCUGCCCACUUUACCUAUGGACACAUGAUAGAUGUGCAAAAAAAAUUUAGAAAUUAAGCAAAAAAUAAUACAAUAAUAAUUUAAUCCCAGCUGGUGAAUAAAGCCCUUCCUCUUAUAAAAAAAAAAUUAACUAAAAUAAACAAAGGCAAAACUGGCAUCUUUUGUAGUUUAUAGUACUUUAUAAUAUUACUCAUUAAAUUUUAUUUGCUUGAUAAGUCUUCAGGGAUAUGAGAAAUGAAAGGUACUAGUAGGGUAUGACUGCUAAGAGGUUGGUAUGUGGGGAUAUUGGGAGAAAUAGGGACAGGUCUGAAGUUUAGGCCAAGAAAUAGAUACUUAAUCCAGAAGGAAGUAGUCUUGAUAUGUUACUGAACAGCAGAAUGAUACAAAAUGAGAAAUGACUAAAUCCUUGGUGCAUGGUAACAUUUGUGAGCUUAGUUUAAUAAAACAUUUUUAUUAUAGUAAAUCUCCAAGAUAACAUGUUUUAAUGAUCAUCAGAAGUUAAAUGUUAUUGCUCUAUAUCUGAAGAAAGAUUAUAUAUAUUUUUUUUACUUUAUUUUUUAUUAAAUCAUAGCUGUGUACAUUGAUAUGAUCAUGGGGCAUCAUUCACUAGCUUCACAGACUGUUUACCAAGUUUCACAUAUACCCUUGUAAGAUGCACCGCUGGUGUAAUCCCACCAAUCCCUUUCCCUCUACCCACCUCCCCCCGCCCUCCCCUCCUUUUCCCCUUUCCCCCUAUUCUUAGGUUGUAACUGGGUUAUAGCUUUCAUGUGAAAACCCUAAAUUAGUUUCAUAGUAGGGCUGAGUACAUUGUAUACUUUCUCUUCCGUUCUUGAGAUACUUUACUAAGAAGAAUAUGUUCCAGCUCCAUCCAUGUAAACAUGAAAGAGGUAAAGUCUCCAUCUUUCUUUAUGUUGCAUAAUAUUCCAUGGUGUACAUGAACCACAAUUUAUUAAUCCAUUCGUGGAUCGAUGGGCACUUGGGCUUCUUCCAUGACUUAGCAAUUAUGAAUUGAGCUGCAAUAAACAUUCUGGUACAAAUAUCUUUUUUAUGAUAUGCUUUUUGGUCUUAAGAUUAUAUAUUUUUAAGAGAAGUACCAAAUUAAUAUUUACCCUUAUUUAAAACACUGGUAUAAGUCUAAAAUAAUCAAGAAAAAUCUUCUAAAACCUACAAGAAAUAAUGUUUUUGAUAAUAAAUUUGCAAGUGAUAGGCUCGGCGCCUGUGGCUCAAGUGGCUAAGGCGCCAGCCACAUACACCUGAGCUGGCGGGUUCAAAUUCAGCUGGGGCCCUCCAAACAACAAUGACGGCUGCAACCAAAUAAAAAUAGCCGGGUGUUAAUGGCGGUCGCCUAUGGUCCCAGCUACUUGGGAGGCUGAGGCAAGAG